CGAGGGAGCAGAAGCAAGGAAGCGGAAAUUGGCAACGGCAUGGGCGCUUGCGUCUCUUUGAGGAGGCCGAAGAGCCCGGGGGGGUUGAUUUUGGUGAGGAAGAGAUCCUCAGGAAAUCGAUACUUUACCAUGUGGAGAUGAAUCAUUUGUGUUUGAGAGCAGCAGAACCUGGGGCAGAUCUGUCAGGCGCUCUGUAAACGAGUCACUCCUGAUCCAUUGCUCUCACCCUGUACCCCUCACCCUCAGACUCACUAUAGCUAUGUCAUUCAGAAGGCAAGUGAAGAACUUCGUGAAAAAUUACUCAGAGGCCGAAAAAAAAGUCAGGGAAGCAACUUCCAAUGACCCCUGGGGCCCCUCUAGCUCUCUGAUGUUAGCCAUCAGUGACAUGACUUUCAAUGCGGCCUCCCUCUCGGAGAUCAUGCACAUGCUGUGGCAGCGACUCAGUGACCAUGGGAAGAACUGGCGCCACGUGUACAAAUCCCUCGCCCUGAUGGACUACCUCAUCAAAAAUGGCUCUAGGAAAGUUAUUCAGUAUUGCAGAGAGGGCAUCUGUAACCUUCAAAUGCUAAAGGAUUUUCAACACAUAGAUGAAGCCGGCAAAGACCAAGGUCACUACAUCCGGGAGAGGUCAAGGCAGGUCAUAACUCUGCUGAUGGACGAGCAGCUGCUCUACAAGGAGAGGGAAGUGGCGAUGUUGACGAGGCAGCGGACCUCCUACUCCAUGUCCCUUCCUGGCAGAUUACCUGCCACAGGGAACUCACCUGCCGAGUGCGAGUGUGCUUCCAUCCUCAUCCCGGAAAGCCUUACCUCAGAGACGAAGCACUUGCAAGACUGCAAGCAGACUGCAGGUCUCCUCAAUAAAAAAAACACCGCCAAGGUCAGGCUGAGGCUGGAGCAGUGCCAGGAUGUGCCCUCGCCUGCUGGGACCUCUCUGCCCCUGUACUUCCCCUCACUCGGGAUGAAGGCAUGGAAAUCUACAGAGGACCUAACACUGUUGUACUCAUAUGAGUAUCCGAAGCAACCUUUGCCAAGGUUACCUCCUUCCAUUACCUCUCCUGCUUCCUGGCUGUCAGAAGGGGAAGCAGAAAUCUCCAGUCUCUGCGACACAGAAGCUGUGUCUACUCCCCCAGAAAAAAGCCCAUCGAUGCAGACAAAUAAGAGCUUAGGCAAGAGACUGGAGAAAGCCAUUGCAGAUACUGUUGCAGAAUGUCCCCCACAGACUCCUCAGGAAAAGCAGACAGCUGCAAAAAGCUUUGAAAUGCUGACGCCUUUACAAGCAUUUUGGCCAUCAGGUAAAGAUGAGUUCAUCAGCCUGGGCUUGAGGACGUCCAAGUCUGAGUCCAUGUUCCACAACCAGUCCUCUGUGGAAACACUCUACGUCUCACCUGCAUUCAAAACCCUUAGCCCACUGAGCGAGAGCAGUAAGGACCUCCAGACACCUGCAUGGCCCAGCAUCUGCCGGAUGGAAGACGUGUACGUCAAGCCUUUAGCUGUGCGGGGUGAGUGUACCCCCAAACAAGCCAGUGAAGCAGUCUCCGCCGUCUCAGAGGUCGCAUCUUCCUUUUCUACUCUGUCUUUAUCGCCUCCUGACUCAGCCCAUCCAGAGAAGUCAGCCCGUUGCUUUACCCCGGUUUUGACCAGCUCUUCCUUCUGGACUCUGCCCCAGUCACAGUCGCCUUCUGACCCCUUCACAUACAAAAAUGAGGCAGUCAGAGUUCGUCACCCCUUUGCUCCCACAGGCACAGCAUCUUCAGAUGAUGAGGAAUACCCCGAUCUUCCAGAUAACUCCGAUUCAGCCAUGAAGAAAUCAAGUUACAGCCCCAGCUCCUGCCGGGUAGCAUUUCCCACCCUAACUAGAGCGCACUUCCCCGGGGCAUCCCAGGCUAGAUUUCAGGAAAGCGCAGGCUUGCCCAGGGACUCUGAGUCACGUGCCAUCCGCACUCUGCUAGGCGAGGUGAAGAGUGCUGUAGUUCGGCUCCACGAGGACCUGAGCCUGGUGAUCCAGGAACUUGGUGUCAUCAACAGCCACCUAGGCAACCUGAGUGGCAGCAGCCCAGCAGUGAGCGAGACCCUGCAGGAUCCCCAGUCUCCCAGGGAGAGCCCAGACCCCGUCUAGUCACCUGGCCACAGACCGAGACGGGUCCUUCCCAUUGCUGUGGAGACAAGAAGGCAAUGACUUAAUUUUUCAUUGUCAAGUUUAUUAGCACCGCCUUUCAAACUGACAGAGACAUGUGGGGUUAGAUUUCGUUUUUUAAGAGAAAGAAGUCACUUUUGAUCAUUUUAGGUUUAGAUAUUGGUUCCUUUGAAACUGAAGGGUAUUUCUGUCAUUCUUUACAUUUCUGAACUCUAUCCCUAGUGAGGUAAGCCUUAGUGCAAGUUUUGGGGAGACUUUAAAGUGCAAAUAGCUGUUGGACCCUGGUUCCCCACCCCUACCCCAGUGCUGAUGCGGAGCUAACAGGCUUCUACCUGAUCUCUGGUCCUUUCAAGUUGAAGCCCCACAAAUCAAGGGCCUGACAUCUCCUCAGCUGCCACAGGGUCAGGAGUAAGGCUGGGGCAGGUAGGACGUGGAGUGCACAUUUGUUAUUUCAGUUUCCAGAAAGUUCGGGUGCAUUUCUUUAUUUCUUGUAUUUCAUAAAUAAGUUUGAUGGUUUCAACUUACUGUAUAUUUUUAAAGUUCAUUAAAACAACUUUUCAAA